AUGUCUGAAGCCAAGGCAGACAUCUUGUUGGUGGGUGGUGGGAGUGUCGGAGCAAUUGUAGCGCUUAACCUCGAAUCCGGCCGUCACGCAAGUGUCACUGUUGUUUGUCGAUCGAAUUUCGCAGCAGUCAGCUCCCGGGGCUACCAGAUAAGAUCGUGUGACCACGGAUCUGUCAAUGGAUUCAAGCCUUCAAUAGUCGUCAAUGAGAUCCCCCAAGCUUCAGACUCGCGGCCGUUUGACUAUAUCGUCUGUACGACUAAGAAUGUGGUGGACGUACCGCCAUCAUUGUUCGAUCUACUUAGACCAGCCGUGACUCCAGGCAAGACAGUAAUCGUCCUGAUUCAGAACGGACUGAACAUCGAGAAGCCGUUGAUCCGAGCGUUCGAGAGCAACAUUGUUCUGUCCGGAGUCUCCUUGAUCGGUGCGAAUGAGCCAGAGCCGGGAACAGUCGUCCAGGACUUCCCAGAUACUCUAUACAUCGGAGCAUUCCGAAAUCCCAAAGUAUCUGCUAAGCUGGAAGAUGCAGCAGCGGACGACUUUGUGCGGAGGUACUCGGCAGGUGGUAAGACACAAUGCUCAGUUGACAAGAAUGUCGGCUACACACGCUGGAGGAAGCUUGUGUACAAUUCAUGCCUGAACUCCAUCUGUGCCAUCACAGGCCUGGACACCGGCCGGAUUCGUCUUGCAGAUGGCGCAGUGACAGGGCUGGUUCGUCCGGCGAUGAAGGAGAUCGUUGCUGUAGCUCGAAAAGCGGGCUACGAACUUCCAGACAGUGUUGUCGACGACAUGAUCGAAAUGGAUCCGGUGACCCUGUACCUGCCUCCGAGUAUGCUGUCGGACACGCGCAAGGGGAACUUCAUCGAGUACGAAAACAUACUCGGUGAGCCACUGAGAGAAGCCGAGAAGCUAGGAGUGCCGAUGCCUACCCUGAAGGUGCUAUUUCAUUUGUGUCAAGCAAUACAAUGGAAGAACAAGGAGCUCAAGGGUCUGGUCAGUGUACCGCCGAGUAGCAGUGCAGCGUAA